AUGGUGCAGUGCCUAGACGGAGUGAAGCUUCUGAUUUCUGCGGUCGUGAACUGCUGUGAUUCUGAAACGUAUAAGCAACCUAAUGGCUUGGAACAUCCUGAAGCUCUUGCUAGGGAGACUCUGUUUAGUGUGAGUGAAAUAGAAGCACUGUAUGAAUUGUUUAAGAAGAUCAGCAGUGCAGUGAUUGAUGACGGACUCAUCAACAAGGAAGAGUUCCUGCUUGCACUUUUUAAGACAAACAAAAAGGAGAGCUUGUUUGCUGACCGGGUAUUUGACUUGUUUGAUACAAAGCACAAUGGUCUAUUAGACUUUGAAGAAUUUGGACGUGCUCUCUCAGUGUUUCACCCAAAUGCUCCAAUUGACGAUAAGAUUGAUUUUUCAUUCCAGUUAUAUGAUCUCAAACGGCAAGGAUACAUUGGAAGACAGGAGGUAAAGCAAAUGGUAGCGGCCACACUUGCUGAAACUGGCAUAAAUCUCUCAGAUGAUGUGAUAGAAUGCAUCAUUGACAAAACCUUUGAGGAAGCUGAUACUAAACAUGAUGGGAAGAUUGACAAAGAAGAAUGGCGGAGCCUAGUAAUACAACAUUCAUCUCUCUUGAAGAAUAUGACCCUUCAAUACCUCAAAGAUAUAACGACCACAUUCCCGAGCUUUGUAUUUUACUCACAAGUUGACGAUACCUGA